UAGGUAACUUGUCACACAUUUGUCCACGUCUCUGCUUUUCGUUUGGACCCAUUCCGCCUUCUCCUGCGUCAACGAGAUGCGAACAUCGCGUCAUUCACGACGGAGAGGGGAUCACAGACCUGGAAGGGGUCACCUUGACGUGUCAUUCAAAUUUUAGCCGGUUCCUAUGACUUGAUUACGCCGUCGAUUAAUCUGUGUUUGAACGUCGUCGAAUUAAAAACAUGGGUGGAAAAUGGUCCAGCAUGGAUCCCUCGCAAGUCGAGGUUCCGCAGUUACACCUACUUCUGGAGAGAGAUCCAUAUUUAAAGCGACACGAGACAGAUAUUCGCCGGAGGUAUGCCAUGUUUAAGGAUUAUGUUACAAGAAUAGAGGAAGGAGAUGUAGACUUGAACCAAUUUACAACUGCGUACAAAUACUUUGGCAUUCAUAUUCAAGAUGACAAUAGUGUCAUUGCAAGAGAAUGGGCACCUGGUGCACACGAAGUAUUUCUGACUGGAGAUUUCAAUAAUUGGAACAAAACUGCUACACCAUACAAAAGAUUAGAAUAUGGAAAAUGGGAACUGCAUUUAUCUGCAAAUGCAGAUGGCAGUUGUCCUUUGAAACAUAUGUCUGAAGUAAAAAUUAUUAUAAAGAAUGUUAAUGGUGAAUUGUUCGAAAGGCUGAGCCCUUGGGCGGUUUAUGUAACGCAGCCACCAAAUAAAGCAGAAGGAACCACUUUUAAACAACGUAUAUGGCAUCCAGAACAUGUAUACAAGUUUAAACAUCCUAAACCAAAGAAGCCAGAAAGUUUAAGAAUUUAUGAAUGUCAUGUUGGAAUUGCUACACAGGAGGGACGUGUCGGCAGUUACUUGGAGUUUGCCAAAAAUGUGAUACCAAGGAUUGCAAAGCAAAAAUACAAUGCGAUACAAUUAAUGGCAAUAAUGGAGCAUGCUUAUUACGCUAGUUUUGGAUAUCAGGUAACUUCCUUCUACGCUGCUUCCUCUCGCUAUGGAACUCCGGAAGAAUUGAAAGAGCUGAUAGAUGUGGCGCACCAACAUGGUCUCUAUGUUCUGCUAGAUGUGGUACAUUCACAUGCUUCCAAGAACACCUUGGACGGACUGAACAUGUUCGACGGUACAGACUCAUGUUUCUUCCAUAGUGGUUCUCGCGGCGAGCAUUCGUUAUGGGACAGCAGAUUAUUCAAUUAUGCGGAAUACGAAGUACUUCGAUUUCUACUCUCCAAUUUACGUUGGUACAUCGAAGAAUAUGGUUUUGAUGGAUUCAGAUUUGACGGAGUUACAUCGAUGCUGUAUCAUUCGAGAGGCUUAGGACAAGGUUUCACUGGCAAUUAUGAGGAAUAUUAUAACUUAAAUGUUGAUGUAGAGGGUAUAGUCUAUUUGAUGAUCGCUAACCAUAUGUUGCACGAUAUAUAUCCCGAAAUCAUCACAAUAGCUGAAGAUGUUAGUGGAAUGCCGGGGGUUUGCAGGCCAGUCGCCGAAGGUGGAAUGGGAUUCGACUAUCGAUUGGCAAUGGCUAUUCCCGAUAAGUGGAUCAAGCUGUUGAAAGAAACCAAAGAUGAAGAUUGGAAGGUUGGUGAGAUUUGCUGGACCUUAAGCAAUCGAAGAUGGAUGGAGAAGGCGAUCGCUUAUUCUGAGUCUCACGAUCAAGCUCUCGUAGGUGAUAAGACGAUCGCCUUUUGGCUCAUGGACAAGGAGAUGUACACGCACAUGAGCACACUUAGUGACCGCAGUGCCAUUAUCUCUCGUGGCAUUGCCCUCCACAAUCUAAUCACCCUGAUAACGCAUGCUUUGGGCGGCGAAGCUUAUCUAAACUUUAUGGGCAACGAGUUCGGCCAUCCCGAAUGGCUUGAUUUUCCGAGAAUUGGAAAUUCAGACAGUUACCAUUAUGCUAGACGUCAGUGGAAUCUGGUGGACGACGACUUACUCAAGUAUAAAUAUAUGAACAAUUGGGAUCGCGCUAUCAAUACGCUGGAAGAGAAAUACGGAUGGCUGCAUGCUCAUCCUGCCUAUGUAAGCUGGAAGCAUGAAGAUGACAAAGUGAUUGUAUUUGACCGAGCUGAUGUAAUAUUUGUCUUCAACUUUCAUCCCUGUAAAUCGUUCCCUAAUUAUGCAAUCGGCGUAAAAAAUCCAGGAACGUAUAAAAUUGUAUUAUGCAGUGAUGAUGAAGAAUUUGGAGGAGAACGUCGUGUAGAUACAAACGUCCAACAUUUUACACAGCCAGAACCGUUUUCUGCAUAUCAACACAGGAUGAUGGUCUACAUUCCAUGUCGUACGGCUAUCGUUUACGCAAAAACUGAUUCGUAAACGGUUUUGUAAAAAGAGAGGUCUAUCCGAAAAUUGUAUAAUAUACGUAAAUGAAGAAAGUGAGAGCAUAUUUUUAUAGAAUAUAAUUAUAUAAAACCUA